AUGCUUCCCUCGACCAAUGCCGCCCUCGCGAAACCCUUGGUCCCUCUCUCCGAGCGAAGAUCUCACCAGAGGAAGCCAACGCCUCGGAGUUUCAAGGACUCGGAUUCCGACCUUCAGGGAAGCCUUCCUCGAUGGGACAUCACCCCAGAUGGUGGAUCGGCAGGUCGUGAGGGUCGUCAAUUCACUGUCGCCAACGUUGGCAACAAUGGUCGGAUAUAUCUGAGGCCGACUGUUCGCCCUGCCUACCAGCGAUGUCCCCAGCCUCAAUUCGUAUUUCCCAUCACUCCGCCCAGCACAGCAGGCUUGGAUACCCUCCCCCACAGCAAACCCGUCGAGUACGAGAGCAGUGAGCUUCACAUCAGCCAGUUCACCCCGACCCCGGAAGCCACGCCUUUUGACAGCAACCAAGCCUACUUUGAAGCCAACCCCCGGGAUGCUCGAAGGUCCGUGAAACACCGACGCGCCCUCUCUGACAGCACGGUCCACGAAGUCUCCGCCGCUAAGGAUUCGGACCCUGGGGUUUUCAAAAUCGUCAUCUCCAAGCCGGGUGAGGAGCAUCGACCCCGGACUAUGGAAGAUUUUGAUGCCAACUCUACUCCUCUUCUCGAUAUCAACAUUCCCUCUUGGCGGAUAGGAACUCCACGGUUUACUGUUAGAGGCACACCGAUGAUUCGUGGCUCUUCCUACGCUCCCACAGAGGAGUUUCGCUCAAGCAGCGCCUCGCUGCUGAACCGAUCCCAGGGCGAGCUUAACAGUUCUCAUCCAGAUCUAGCAUCGACGAGGCGGCCGAGCUCGUUGGCCGUCCCGGUGUUGCGAUUCUCGCGCAACAUGUCCAAUACCUCUCCGAACCCCCCUUCUCCUCGAGGGCCCCGGCCUGUCCAUCCGACUUACCAGUCGAUUCUCAAUGUCGAACCCGCCAUGUUUGACAACCUCACAUUCAAGCCGGCCUGCGACGAUCGAGCCCUGGUCAGAUACUCCCCUGCGACCGGAGCUGUCACAGCCGCUACACCACCACGACUCGUUGCGGAAAUCACGUCACCCAGUUUCCUCGACUACGAACUUAUCUCAGAUUUCUUCCUAACCUACCGAGCAUUCCUCGAAUCCGUUGACCUAUUACGCAUGCUCAUUGCGCGGUUACGAUGGGCACUAGCACGCGAUGACGAAACUGGCAUGGUUGUUCGGGUUAGGACAUUUGUGGCCCUGAGGCAUUGGAUUCUCAACUACUUUAUGGAUGACUUUGUCGUUGACUAUAAUCUCCGGUCAACGUUUUGCGAGCUGUUGAACGAUUUUGUGGAUGAACUAUCGCAAUGUUCUCGAUCCCGCAAGGUGCAGCUCAAGAUCCUUGGAGAACUCAAGAAAUGUUGGCGUAGGGUUUGUGCUCUUUACUGGGAUGGCCCUAAUUUCGACGACUCGCUGGAUGCCGAUGUUCCCAUUACGCCUGGUGGCAUUGCCGGUCACAGAGAUCCUGAUUUGGACCCGACCUUCUGGGACCGUGACGAUGGGGAGCCGCCUCAAAUUGAGAGCUUGUUGCCUCUCAUGAAGAGCACACGCGAGCGAACAAGUUUCAUUGCCGACAUCUCCCGGGCUGGCCAUGCUGGAGACUCAAUCGUCACGGAUCCCCGGCCGAGUACCCCUGAGGGCCAGAUCACCAGAGAUCCCGCAGAGGUGGAAUCGCAGGCGUCUCCAAUCAGCAUGUCGAGUCUGGAUAUUGUCUCUUGCUCGUUUCCUAACAAGGCCAUGCGGGCUACUCAUCCUCACCAGACGAAUCCACUGGCAGCACACCCAGUAACAGCGAGCUCUGUCUACAAUAAUACAGGUCCGAUAGCAACGACACCUCGCACGCUGGUCGGAAAGCGUGUGCGGCCUCAGCCAACGCACAAGCGUAACAACAGUUUGACUGAUUCAUUGCGGGAACAUAGCUCUGACAAGAUGUCUUUCAAGGACCAGGAGUUCAUGAUGACUGUUCCCUAUGCUGGGAGUCUUGUCCGUGGUAAUCUUCUACCCCCUGGCCAGGCAUUUGUUGAUAUCGAGCCCGAUGAUUUCCCCCCCAGCCAGAGGCAAACGGCAACUCUCCACCCGGAGAGCCAGAACUUGGUCAAGGAGAGGAUUCCAGCAGGAGCCAUGUCUGGUCACGGGAUGAAGAAGCUUCUGGGAAGUGUGCGGCGAGCCCUUAGCACCAGAGGCCAGGGGGUGUCUCCCACACCGGGAAGUUUUAUCAAUGUCAACAAUAUCGGACCUCGCGGGGCAACAACAAACCGUAUUCCCGGAACUGCAGUUGUCCCCCAGAGCAGGCAAAGACCGAAUGGAUCUCGACCUCCUGUUAGGAUUGACUUGCUUGGCGCCGAAGCAGUGGAAGAUUUCAAGAAGGCAGUGCGAGAGGAAGCCGCCGCUGAUGCUGAACGCCGUGGCAUCACAAUGGGAUCCCCCAACUCAUCCCUCUCAGCGAGAGAUGUUGACUACUCAGCUGCCCACAUGGACUCGAGCACAUUCGACAGCCUGCCGCACAACCACAAGCACCGGCCAGUUAGUGACAUGGCUAUCACCACGGGCAGCAAGUCUAUCGUCAUCGUUGACGACACGACACCAUUUGAUCCUUCUUUCAUGAGGCGAGGGGAGCCUGCCAGUACCACUUCUGUCGAGGCAUUUGCCGAAACUUUCAGGCUCACUGGCGCUGAUCCUACACCUCCUACAACGCCUCCUACCGGCCCCUCUGCUGGAACUGGCACGCCCAGGCGUUCGUCGUAUUUACUCAACCAACAUGUGGUCCGACCUUCACUUGAUGAGGAUCCUCUGCCACCUUUUGUGCCUGACCUUGAUACUCUAGCCCCUGGCAGUAGUGCUCGAGCUUCCGAAGAGCGAAGCCGAGCAUCCUUCUCAACGACACACCGCAGUCUCCGUCACUAUCCUCCUCUGUCAUACAGGGGUCAUCGUCGCACCAAAUCGACUCGAUCGCACCAGUCAUUGGCUUCAAUUAUUCAACGUCGCCGUAGCUCAUUUAACAGCACUGUUCGCCAGUCCACAGUCCGAAGCUUUGAUGCUACAACAGACUCUGGCGCCUCGAUGAUGGCACAAGAGCCUGAUGUACCAGUUCCACAACCUCUGCGAGUUAUUCGACGACGCCCGGGUGGAGAUCUACGAGCCGCGACAAACGUGGGCGAGUUGGACAUGGUUUCACUAAGGAGAUCAAGAUCGGUUGGGUCGUUGACGACUUACUCGGAGUCUAUCCGGAGUUCAUACAUCCAGAGCCCUGGUGUGGAAUCUUUCGGCAAAGGCGAGGUAGUCUCCAUCGAGUAUCGUCAGUCCAGAGCCGAUGUUUUUUCUCUGGGCCAACUUGCAGAGAAGGCACCAAAGCGAGACCUUUCGCUCUUUAGCACACAUUCAUCGAAGCCCGCCAUGCGUCCUUCUUUCGAGAAGGAGGCGCAGAAGCUUGCUCAGAUUCCGGAUGACGACGACGAUGGUGGCAUUGAGUCAGCCCUGGCCAAGCUCGAGGGCAAGUUGCCUGCGAAGAAGACGUACAGCUUGUCCAUGGACCCACAGUCUCCUGGAGGAGUCUUUGACCCUCCUCCUGAAAUCGACGUGGAUAUGGUGGAUCCAGAGGAAGAGGAACGCGAGAAGAGAGAUCAUCGUGAAAAGCUUGUCAUCAGGGAGACGUUUAUGCUGGAUCCCGAAGAGGAUGAGCCUGAGCCUCUUAUUGACUCUCAUGACAGCUUCCUAACACCUCAACGCCAGCGGCCGUUGACCGAAGCCAAGUCAUUCUUGUCUGAUACUUCACGAGAAUCCUACUCGUCCAUCCCAAUCCUGGACCGAGACUCGAAUCCUGGCCGCGACAAGUCCCCUGGCCGUGCUUGGACCAACAUGUCGAUCCUCGAAGGUUCCGAUGAUGAUGCAACUCCUCGUGCGAAAAAGACUGUCUUCACUCCUGAACCGGACUCACAACAUGCGUCUUUCGAUUUCAUUGAGAAGACAGACAGCAUCGAAGGAAUCAAGCCUGGUGACACGGCGCCCACGGUUGAGGAAGACCAGUCGUUCCUCGACGAUGAUAGCGAUCUUUCGUCCGAGAUGUCGGCUGAGGCCCUUGAUUAUGAGGACUUUGAGUCAGGAGACGCUGUUGUACCUCGCGUAAAGCUUCCAGCCCACCCUCUUGGAUCUCCAGCACCUGCUCCGAAGAGGAACCCUCCUUCGCCUCCAAUGACACUGGUACAAGCUCUGGAGAUGUCGCCACCGCAGACUUUCAAGGUUCCUGAACUGCACGAGACACAAGUCUGGGGCCAGAAGCCUCUUCCUCCGACACCAGAGACCACGCCAACGGCUCCCUACAUCCAUACCGAUGACCAGACUGCGACAACUGAAGCUCUCCGCCUCGCCCCGAAGCCUGAUGUUGCUGCGGAAACUGACAAGUACAAUGUUCACCUCCCAUUCAUCCUGGCCUUUGACUCGGAGAUUCUUGCUCAGCAGUUCACACUGAUCGAGAAGGAUGCUCUCAACGAGAUUGACUGGAAGGAGCUCAUCGACAUGAACUGGAAGAAUGCUGCCUACAGUGACUCUCGUUCGUGGGUCGAGUUUCUGCGCAACACCGAUGCUCAUGGAGUUGAUGUUGUCAUUGCCCGCUUCAAUAUCAUGGUCAAAUGGGCCAUCUCUGAGAUUGUCAUGACACAGACAGUCGAGGAGAGAGUGCGAUGCAUCUGCAAGUUCAUCCACAUCGCAACUCACUGCCGACGUUACCGCAACUUUGCGACCCUCGCACAGCUCACUAUCGCCCUGUCCAGUAAUGAGGUCGCUCGUUUGUCGAGGACAUGGCAGCAUGUGCCCCCUCAGGAUGUCAAGACACUACACGAUCUCGAGAAGCUGGUAACGCCUAUGCGCAACUUUUACAACCUCCGUGCUGAGAUGGAGGUUGGCUCCGACUCGGGCUGCAUCCCCUUUGUCGGUAUCUACACACACGAUCUCCUCUACAACGCCCAGCGACCGUCAGAGAUUGCUGGCUCACCUACCACGCCCCCCUUGAUCAACUUUGAGCGUUGUCGCAUUGCUGCUGCUGUCGUCAAGACACUGCUGCGCCUGUUGGAGGCCAGCACUCGGUACAAGUUCCAGCCUAUCGAGGGCAUUACUGAGAGAUGUCUUUGGAUGAGCGCUCUGAGCGAUGAGGAGAUCCGACGACAUUCAGAGAUGUUGGAGUAA